GCUGAGAGGCAUCAUCAGUUGGGUAGCAUUGAUCCAGCAAGAACUACCGUCAGGAUGAAGCUCCUAGUAGCAGCUAUUGCCAUUUCCCUGGCCGCCAUGGCCAGCGGAUCGUACGUCUCAAGCGUUGGAAAGGACAUGAAGUAUGCUGACAAAGAUUUCCUUAUGAAGCAGAAAUUUUUCUUUGAAAUUCUGCGAAACAUUCACAUGCCGUUGCAGUAUGAAGAAUACAUGACGUACACCAAGAACUGGGUCGAGGACAUGACCAUGUACAAGAACUUCGACCAAGUGACCGAGUUCUUCAACAUGUACAAGAUGGACCUCUUCCUAGGAAAGGGAGAGGUUUUCACCAUCAACAAUAAGUACAUGCUGAAACAGACCUACAUGCUGUUCAGUUUCCUGUACAACUCUCUUGACUGGGAUACAUACUACAAGAACGUCAUCUGGGCUCGUGAGAACAUUAACGAAGGCAUGUUCAUCUAUGCCGUCACGCUGACCGUUAUGCACCGCAUGGACCUGCAAGGAAUUGUCUUGCCGGCCAUCUACGAAAUCUACCCGUACUACUUCUUCAACACCGACAUCAUCCGUACUGCCACGUAUCGUAAGAUGUACGAUCCCAAGUUCGGAUUCUACGGAAACGGAAAGUACAACGUAGUGUACUCUAACUUUACUAUGACGUACCCGUACGAGUUCAAGGACACCUUGAUGAUGAAUGGAAUGGGCAUGGAUUACUUCUACGAGGAUAUCGGACUGAACUCAUACUACUUCUACUUCAUGAUGGACUAUCCUUUCUUCAUCGGUGGGGACAAAUUCGGGUUACUGAAGGAACGCAGCGGUGAACUUUACCUGUACAUGCACCAGCAACUGCUAGCUAGGUACAACUUGGAGCGCAUGUCAAACAUGAUGUACCCGACUAAGAUGUUGACUUGGAAAUUCCCACUGGAGACUGGCUACUUCUCGCUGUUGAGCUACUAUAAUGGAGUUCCAUUCAAGUACCGCGAUGCCAACUUUAUGAUCAAGGACGACGAUUACUUCAAGCUGGAUUGGAUUAUGGAUUGGGAAAUGAGAAUGCGUAAGGUCAUCGAUGAUGGAUUCUACAUGAUGGACGAUGGAACCAAGGUUGAUCUUCGCAAAUGGGAGAACAUUGAUUUCAUCGGAAAGAUGAUGAACUGCAACAUGGGUAAUAUGGAGUGCCAGAAAUUCGGUUUCAUCGAAAUGAUGUCCAAGAUGGUUUUGAGUGGAAUGGACUUUAUGACAAUGAAAACGUGGCCAUCUGCUAUGAUGCACUACGAGACCACCCUGCGCGAUCCAAUGUUCUACAGAUUGUGGGAUCGCCUGAUGAGCUUCUAUUACCUGUUCAAGAGCUACUUGCCAUACUACACUAUGGAGGACCUUACGUUCAAGGGUGUCAUCAUCAAGGAUGUUGUGAUCGACAAGCUGAUGACUUACUUCGAAUAUUUCGAUUCCGAUAUCUCGAACGUGAUUCCCAUGAUGAACGUUGCUAAGUACUGGGAUUUCUCCGUGCUAGGUCGCACCAUGCGUCUAAACCAUAAGCCUUUCACCUACACGCUGGACAUGAUGUCUGAGUUCACCGGUAAGGGUGUGGUUCGUGUCUUCAUGGGUCCGAAAUUCGACAAGAUUAUGCAGUUGGACUAUUACCGAAAGUUCUUCGUCGAAAUUGACCAGUACAUGGUAGAUUUGGUGGUUGGUAAGAAUACCAUUGUUCGUAACUCUCGUGACUUCUACUGGAGCGUGAAGGAUCGUACCAAGUAUACCGAUUUGUACAAGAAAAUGAUGAUGGCCAUCAGUGGCACGGAGAAGUUCAUGCUUGACAUGUCAGAGGCUCACUGCGGAUUCCCGGAUCGCCUGAUUCUGCCAAAGGGCUGGGUCAGCGGAAUGAAGAUGCAGUUCUUCUUUAUCGUCACGCCAUACACCAUCACCGAAAGCAAAACCGACAUGGUGUUCGAUAAGACCUUCAUGUGCGGUAAGUACAACUUUAUCGACAAUCUUCCGAUGGGCUUCCCAUUCGAUCGAGAGAUCGAUUACUCCUACUGGUACACGAAGAACAUGCUGUUCAAGGACGUUUUCAUCUACCAUAUGGACGAUAUGAUGAUGAACCAAACACUCUAAGCCG